GGAGAGCGCAGUGUCCUAAUGACACGGGCUGGACGAUCGGAAAGCUCAGGAAUCCACCCCACGGCAGUACAGAGACAUGGAGAUCGAAGUGGACAACAUAGAGUACAACCCAGGAAAAGAGACCAUGUGGUGGGGAACUCUGGGCACUGUGCGGCCAUUUCAGCCUUUUCACCCAGAUGUGGAUGCACAUCAGAUUUAUGUUGCACUGGACAACAAAACUGUUGAUGUGAUGACCUUGAUCAGGAUCCUUAUUAACAGGACUAAUGCCCAAAGACAGGACAUUGCUGUGGCUUACAAUGACUUAGCACAGAAGGAUCUGAAUGCAGCUCUGAAGAAAGGCCUGUCUGGGCCUGUGCAGGAGCUGCUGCUGGCCCUGAUGAUGACCCCAGCUCAGUUCGAUGCCCAUCGCCUUCGACACUCCAUGGAGGGUCUAGGCACUGAUGAGGAAGCUCUGCUGGAGGUGCUGUGCACCAGAUCACCUGAUCAGCUCAGAGACAUCACAGUGGCAUACAAGGAGGCGUACGGGCGUUAUCUGGAGAACGACCUGAUCAGCGAGACCAGCAAAGACUUCAGCAAGCUCGUCCUGGCUAUACUCAAGAAGGAGGAGCUGAACACACCCGGAGAGAUCGAUUACCAACUCAUUGAUCAAGAUGUCAAGAGCCUUAAAGAUGCUGUCAGUGGAAAGAAACCUGACUCCGCCCCCUGGAUCCAAGUGCUGACCUCUCGUGAUUCAGACCAUCUCAACAGAGUGAUCUCUAGGCUAGAGGAUCUGAAAGGGGAGCCGGUGGACAAAACAAUUCAAAACCACUUCUCAGGAGACUUCCGACUUGGCCUGCGCACUUUGGUUCACUCAAUCCAGAAUACGCCACUUUACUUGGCCCAGCGCUUACAGGCCUGCAUGAAGAAAAACGCAGUCGUUCGAGGCAUCAUGGUGGGACGAAGCGAAGAAGACCUCCUGUGGGUGAGGGUCCAGUUCCGCAAACUGACCAACGUCUCUCUCUACUCAACAAUACAGAAAGAAUUCAAAGGGGACCUGCAGCUGGCUCUGCUGGCUCUGUGCCGAUCGGAGGACAUAUGGUAGAGCAAAUUGAGAAACAAAGCAAGAGCGUUUCUCCUGGACUCCAAGCUGCUCGGCCACUUCUGUUUCUACUCACAAGCUGCGUAAACCAAGUUUGCUACAAGUUUCAACGUCUGCCAGGAGCUGAAGAUUACUAUCCAUAAGGUGAAUCAUAAUUUGUAUAUGGUUCAGCAUCAGUGCCCAUUUCCACUCUCAGCCUCUCAGCACAGAGCAAUAAGCAGUUAUUUUCUUUUGUGUAAUAAAAUAUGUUGUUUUUCUGCUGUAAAACACAAUUCAUACAUAACUCAAAGUAAAAUGAUGAACCUCUUUUUUUCUUUAACGUCUGAGUCUAUUUGAACAUUGUUUCUUUGCUCUGUCACCGAACUGAUGAUACAUUUAUUAUUUCUGUGCUUUACUUUGGAUAAAACCUGUUAGAGGGAAGUCCACCUAAUUUUAGAGAGUGCAGUGUACACUCAAAAAAAGCCAAAAAGGGAAAACUUAUGUAUUUUAAUCAUGUCAAAUUUCCUUUCAAUUUAAACAUAAAUCCAAUGUAACAAAAUUGUAUUAUAAUGUAUGUUAUGUAUGUUUCUCCAUCAGUUUAAUAAACCUGAAUGAAAUAAAAUAAAAUAACAUUUAAAUUAGA